GUCUCGUAAGAAGCGUGAUGGAAAAAUAAUCGCUGUACGUGUUAUGAUAUAAGUUGCGCGAGAUGGAAUUAUUUGCCAAGGAUUCCCAUGAGAUAACCGCGAGAUGGAACUAUGGAGGCAGCGGCAGGCGGCAGGGACAGGGGGCAGGCGAUUGAGUAGGAAGAUGGAAGAUGGAAGUGGAAGGACGGAGGACGGGUAGGGUAGGACCAUAGGACGUAAGUCGUGUGGUGUGGUGUGUUGUGUGCCGCUUGUGGCCGCUUGCCGCUGCGGAGGGCCAGAGAGCGCGUCUCCUGUAAAGCAGGAAGACAGCUGAAGCUGGCGCGGACUGCUAGUCAAGAUGUAAAGUGUCAAGGUGUAGAGAUGCCACGCUAGAGAAGAUCCGUUGCGGGCCCAGGCCGCAAGUGUGCGGGAACGAGAGGAAGAAGGCGAAAGAGAGAGAGAGAGAGAGAGAGAGGAAAAAAAGAGCGCAACAGUGAACGAGGCAAGAAAACGAAAGAAGAAAAGGGGAAAGGGAAAACGGAGAACUAGGGCUUGCACGUUGCACGCAAGACGCGCACGAGGGGAGAAUACAGAAAUGGAGUAGCUGGAAAAGGGGAUCGAUCGGCCAUGCGAUAGAUGUGGCAAUGGAGGACACGAGACUGGGGCGCGUUGCAGAGAUGAGGCGAGAACGACCGAACGACAGCGAUGCCGACAAUUGGAUCUCGACGAUGGUGUCGACUGGCGCGUCAACCGACAAGUCGAGGAAGGGAAUGCGGAAAUAGAAAGUAGAGCAUCACCGUAGUCUGAGCACUCGAAAAUGACGUCAGGAUUGCCAAGCGCUUAUCAAAAGAAGCUUGGACCAGCGCCGAUAGCAUCCUUCGAAGACCUGUCGGACGAGGUGGAAAACGGGGAAUCGACGACGGCGGUGACGGCUGCGGCAGUGGCGCCGGCGGCGGCGGGGCGAAUGCCGGGCAUCAUCGAGGUAACCACGCCGGCAACGCCUGGCAGUUCGCUCAAGACGCCCAGCACGCCGCGAAUUGAUAUCAGCAGGGCGAGCAGCUCCUCGCACCAUGAGGAUAGUAAUUCGAGAGAUUCGUCGCCUGAACGGGAGCUUCUCGCAGGUGCGGAUCCUCCGCCCGGCUGUAAACUGACUUUGGGCUACAAAGAGGAUGCCCAAGAUCUCAGAUCCUCCACGGAAGAGCUGGAUUUACAAGAUCCUGUUCACGAGCAGGAUCUCAAAAGAGAAUCUAAGAGACGAAAGCGGAAGGAGGUAGAUGGAUCCCAGUCGGAUUACAGUGGCAAGCAACUGGACCGUGAACGCAAAGACAGCAAUUGUUCAGAAAUAUGUCUGCUCAACAUCAGUGGCAGAACGUCCAGAUUGUCUUCGGUCGGUAGCCAAGGAUCUGGCGUCUCCGGGAAGCUUUCGGUUGUCUCGGCAACUUCGUCCAGAUCUCCCAGUCCGCACAAGUGUCUGUUGGAGACAUCGUUCUGCGGAAGCAAACCUACUCUAGCCGACAAUCUGAUAGAACCAUCGAAACCGGAGACUGAUGAUCUUGAAAAGAUACUUUUGAAGCGGGAAGCCGAUACUACGAAAGCGCUGAUUCCCGAGAGCAUCAAGGUGCCGAUGGUUGGAGGUAAUUUGAAGCCAGAUCCAUUGGACAAACCCAGAAGACGCGGUCGCGAGGAACGAAAAGAGAUUUUUAAGCGAGAGGUGGAAAUUACGAAGAGAUUUCUAGAGAAAGCCAAUAUAGAGGUACCAAUCAUCAAAAAAUCAUGCGAGCAACAAGAAUCGAUGAUAAUGCAACAGCAGCAAUCCACAAAGACUCAAGUCCAAGAAGUUCAGAAACCCGUGACACUCGACUUCAACGAUAAAAGAAAAAAGGCGCAGAACUUUAAGGAAAUUGUGCAGACGACGCCGACGACAAGUAGCUUCACCGGAAGUCCCAAGUUACCGAGACAUCAGAAAGUGCGUGAUCUCGAAGGUUCGCGGACGCCUAGUCCGUCAUCCGUAUCCAGAAAGAGCAGCUUUGCUUCGUUGUUUAAGACUAAAACUGAUGGUUGCGUGUUAAGUCCGGAAUCGCCGUCGCCCAGUACGAAGCCACGACGAAGUCUGACUUCGAAACUGAAAGACACUACGGAAAGUCUGAGAAGUCGUUCAAAGUCGCGCGAGAGGGUCUCCAUCGACAAGGGUUCGACGUUGAAAAAAGAUUCGAAGAAUAAAGGGAUGUUUUCGUCUACGUUGAGUCUAUUUAAGAAACGUGAGAGGAAAAAAAGUUAUGAUGAGGCGAUCGCGGCUUCAUGUGAUAUUGACGCUCAUAGCGGAAUCGAACAUCCGUCUCUAGAGAGCAUCGGCCGUGUAGAAUUCACAUUCGAUAUGGAGAAGAAAAGAAACCGCCAGGAUGAUUCAAUUUUUAUCAGCCUGCACGCCGAUGACAGGAAUUAUGAAGAAGCCUUGCCAUCGGAGAGCGUCUCGAUACCAUUGGAAACGCCGACCAAGCUGCUGGAUGAGUACGAAUCCGAGGAACCGCGUACGAGUAGCAUAAUCACGGAGGUGUCGAUUGAACAUCAUCCAGCACCGUCGUCGAUCGCUAAAGUCAGGACUGAGGCGCAGAUCGAAACAAAGACGACGACAAUGGUAACAGCGCAGUCUACGUCCAGGACUUCAUCUAGGGAUAACCUACUUUCACAGAGCGUGCCGAAAGAUUCGCAGAUAUCGAAAAGAGACUCGAAAAUUAACACGCAGACUAACAAAAUGAUUGAAACAUCGCCAUUGGUAAAAUCAUCGAUUAAAACAGAGAUAAAAUCGGAGUUUAAAUCAGCGGAAUUGCGGCUAUUGUCCAGCGGUUCGUCGAAAGAAUCUACUGGCAAAAAGCCGGAUGUAACGAAGCCAAAGAGGAAAAGUAGAGAGAGUCAGCAGCAACCCACACCACCUGAGAGGAUAGACAACGAUGCAUCAAUGCAACAAAAAAAAGAAAAUUCUAGGGAAUCUGCACGAGCUGCGCAAGAUAUCAAGAGAUCCGAUCUCCUUGACGAGGUCAGCAAUAAGGACGGCUUAGUAAAAACGCCCAGCAUGAUAUCCGAUCUGGAUCACAACAGUUCAGAGUCCGAGAGAGAUUCGGAGAUUGAAUUCAUCCGCAAUAAGGUCGAAAAGAUGGCGGAAGAACUACCGGACGAACGAAAGGGUCUCUUUUAUGAGGAAAGUUUUGAGGAAGAUCUUCCAUAUAUACCGACAACUCUACCAUUGGAGAAGAGCGUCGCUGUACCUAUCCUGCCUGUUAAACAACGACUUCAGGAAGUAAGGACAAUUCCGAUCGAAAGACCGCGUUCGACCACACCGAUAAACCCGACUUUACUCGACGAGUUUGUGAUGCAGACAUCGCUAGAUGAGCGGCGCGUAGAGCGGAUGAAGAUAUCUUUGCCACGGGAAGACAGUUUUAAGUUGAAAAGUCCGCGCCGACAGUAUGCCAGUACGACGAACACAUUUACGGAGUUUGCGGGCAGAGUGCCACCGGAUGGCUGUCGCAAGAGCAUUAUCACUCACGGAAAAUCACCUAGUCCACCUCCACUGCCACCGAGAGCACCAGCAGCAGCAACAACAACAGCAGUAGCGGCAACAACAGCAACAACGCGACCGAGCAACUGGAUAAAUUUUGAGGAGAUUCCAGAGAAACGAAAGGCGCCGAAGCGAAUACAGACGAUACCGCGACCGGAAGACGAAAUUGCAAAGACGAUUGCCGGCGGUUAUAGCUAUGUGCAACCGGAGGAGUGCAAGUGUGAAUGCCAUGAGGAAUCUAGGCGGGCGUCUAUGCGAGAGGCGGCAGCGGCCGCAACCGCUACCAGCGUUAGUACCAGAACUUCCUCUUGUAGCAGCAACGGUGAACGGCCGUGCAAUGGUGAAAACUGCACAGCGCCAACUACAGGCGGCAACUCCGUCGACCGCGCUAGCAUUGUCAGUGAUAGUUCACUGGAAUGUUCGCUGAGCAUUGAUGAUGGCCAAAGUACACAGGCGCUCCUCGGCAACUCAACGAAACCUUUUGCCAUGGAUCUCGACGUACGGUCCAAUAGAUCAAGCAUCAUAUCGCAGGAGGAGAAUGAUGAGAACCAGCACCAAUAAUAAUAAUAAUAAAACAACAACAAUAAUAAUAUUACUUAGCAGAGCGCACCCACGCCUUAGAGUCUUCGGAUUUUCCUUUUCUUCAUCAGAAGAUCCGAGUUCCUGCCUCUGACAAGUCAAACAACGGUUUUAUUUCGAAAAGAUGGUUUUUUGAUUAUCGUUGCCAUUUACAUGAUUCUUUUUACGAGAAAAGUUUCGAGGAGAAUACACAAUUGAAUUUGAAUCGUUUUUAUUCUUGCUGGUGGAUUCUAUGCUUCUUUAUAACGCACGAUGUGCAUACAUUGAUAAAAUAUUUUCGAUACUCAAAGGUACGCUCUCAUCUUCAAAAAUUAUUCGAAAUUUGAGAUGUUCUCGGAUUGUAAUGUUAAUGAUUGUUCACUUAUGCAUAAGUUACAUCAUCUGCUGCAUAUCGCGAUUCUUUCUACUUCUUUUUCGAUCGCUGGGAUCAAUCGUGUUUGUUUUAUAGCACGAUUUGCCAUGAAUGCUAUCAAAAAGAGAAUUUAUUUCUUUAAACUGUCCUAAAUUUAUAUUUAAGAAAGAAAAUGAAGAGAAUACGUGUUUUAUAACACUAUUUUAAAUAUAAAUUUAGUAUUUUUUUUUGGAGAAAUUUGUGCAAUUGGAUGAGUCAGUUGUUCUAAUUUAUAUUAUAUGUGUUGAUGUUUUCUUAUGAUUAAGGAAGAUGCGGAUGAUGGCUUGCUAACGUUUCUACUAAAUCUCAGCAAAUUAUCGCUAAUUUUCUCUAACGAGAAAAAAUUGUACUACCAUCGAAAAUUGUCGGCGAAAUGCUCUCACAUUUCACAUUGCUCGAGUGUCUGAGAUCUCGCCUCUUUUCCUUAGCAAAAAAAAUUUGUGUGUGUGCGUGUGUGUAUGUGUAUACGUACGUAUGUACGUAUAUACGUAUGUAUAACAUAGAAUGUAAACAUAUAUAUUUUAUUUUGUCAACCAUUGUAUACACUGACAAUGAGACGAGAUCUCGCAGUAUUUGGGCGAGCUCUUAAAGCUUCAUAUCAUGUAUGUAGAUAAGCGUAGAUUUAUAGAUAUGUAUUGUAUAUUUUCGUGGGCACGUUGAUCUCAUACUGAGAUUAAGAGGUUUAUUCAAUGUUGAGCCGGAGAAACCGGUACGAUCAUUUACUGAUCGAUUGUUUCUUAAACUUGUACGAUAGUAUUUACAUCCAUCAUAACAAUUGUAUAAUGGCCGUGACGUAACGCAGGAUUCGCGAACGCAGUUUUACCGCCAUUAUUAUACAUUUAUUGUACGCUUUCCUUGGACCAGAACGCAAAUACAUUACGGCGUUUGGCGAUUUAACGUCGCAUAAUUAUCCAGAUACUCGAAUAUUACUGAAUGUGAUACGCAUUCAUAGAUCCUUUUAGCUAUCACAUUAUCGUGUUAGAACGCUUUUAAUGCGUCAAUAACUUUUCUACUCGCCACGAUUUUCUCUUACGAUUUUCUUGCUUUCGGAACUGGCUUGGUAAGCCAUCAUUCGUAUAAACUCGCUAAUUUCUUUUUAAACGGAGUGAUUCAUUGUCGUUCACUGUUCGCCGGAAAUUCCAGGGAGUCGAGAUGAAUAACGCUUAUCAAUCGUGCGCGUUUUAUAGAUUGAAUUCAUACGAUAGAGAGAAAAAAUUCUAUAUUAUCUACCUCCUGAGAAAUGUAUUGAAAAUAAACGAAUGUCUGUAGAAAGAUUAUUUUAUCGAGUGCUCAGAAAGCAGCUCGAUAACGCUUGAUGUUUUUUUCACGCGAAAAGUUUAAAAAUUAUUUAUAUAUUUUUCUGAAAAGAAAAAUAUAUAAUAUAUAUAAGAGGAAAUAUAUAAUACAUAUAAAAUGUUAUAAAGAUAAUAUGCCGAGUCGAGCAGAAUAAAAUUGUGAUACUGGGGUAAAUGCAAUUUCGUUUCUUCAUACACACAAUGGACGUAAAAUUCAUUAUAAAGUUGCAAUUGAGAAAGCGAUAACUUUUUAAUAGUUAAUAUCAUAAGAUACUAUCACGAAGUGAUGAUUAACAAUUACAUUGUUGGCAAAUAUAUUUAUCUCAAUAUUUAUUCUUGUUUAUUAAAAUUAUUACGCAAUAGAGAGAGAGAGAGAGAGAGAGAGAGAGAGAGAGAGGGGGUGGGUACGUUGGGUUAUACAUUUUUCAUUCCACAAUCUUUGUUUUACAUGCUUUUAACAAGAUUUGAGGAUAUGCGGAUAACUCCGUAUAUGCGGAGUUUGAUUUUUCCAUAGGAACACUAUAUCCAUCUAAACUUUAAACAAUGGAAUUUUGCUUCUUAUUUACAUGCAAUAUCAGAAUCAAGGUUGUCUUAUUAAUACAUCACUAAUUAUAUAAAUGUAAAGAUACAGUUUAUUUCAGCGUCCAAUAAAGCUGAUGCCAGAUUAUGCGCGUAUUAUACAUAUGUGCAUGAUUAUAACAUGCGUGAUUCGUUUGAAAUAUGUAAAGAAAUGUAAACUAAAAAUUUAUCGAAUUUGUAUAUUUUUGAUUCACCAUAAUAUUUAUUCACUAGUGUAGCUCGAAUUUUUUAACGGAUUCAAAAUGUUUGUGGUUCACGUAUAAUGUUAUAAUGUAUGUCGAAAUUUGUGCUUGGUUGUUAUGUAUACUUUGUGAUUUAUGUUGAGCCUGAUAGUAGAGAGAUAGUAAAGAGAUGUCUAUGAGAAAUAAUAAACGCGGAAAUGCCAAAAUUUCAGGACGAAUCAUAAAUCGCAAAAGACGCAACUAUAACAAGUGCAAACAGUGUAGAAAUUCUACAUUGGCGAACAUACGUUAAGUUUUUGCGAAUUAUAUAUACAUAUAUUACGAAAUACGUGCACAGUUUGACGCCAGCACGAGCCGGAAUAAUAAUUCUUUGGGUAUAGUAAUAAUUCUUGGGUAAAGUUGAUUGUACAAUAGUUGUGCAUUUUCUUGAGAUGCUACAUCUGUCCUAUAUCUCUCUGGAUCUACAAAAUUCGAGGACACUGCGGAAUAAUUCAACGUAAACACAAUUUAAUCCAUUUUCUCAAAAACUUUUGGAGAAGAUUAAUCUCUCUUAUAUAAAGUAAUAUAUAUAAAAAUUUAAUAUUCUUAAAUAUAAAUGAAAAAACUGGCAGAUAGCCUAGUUAUCAGUGGAUAAACUUAUUAUUGUUAAAUUUAAUUAACUAAUGUGCAUUUAAUAAUGUACUUUUUGAACCGUUUUUGAUCUAUCUUCAAUAUAGGUACAAAUAGAGAUCAAAUUGGAAUUUUAAAACUUGACAUAUUUUUAGUUGCAGUCUCAAAUCUCAAAUUAAAAUAAUAAUCGGAAAAGAGGCUUAUUAAAACCUGUUCAAUCGCCAUUCGUAUAUGCCAUACGUUUAUUUUACAAUAUAAUAUCAUAUUUGAGAUUUGACUGCAUUUGCAAAUGUGGUGUAUGUCAAGUUUCAGAAUUUCAAUUUGUUCUCUAUAUAUUUGUACCUAUGCUGAAGAUGGAACAAAAAACGGUCCAAAAUGUACUUUUUUAAAUGCUCAUUAUGAUUAAUUGAAUUUAACAAUAAUAAGUUUGCGCACCGAUACCCGUGCCUGGAUUCUUAACUGCCAAUUUUUCCAUUUAAUAUGGAAUGGGAUAAUAGUAUUUUAUUUUCAUUUCAAGUUUUGUUCAGUAAGGGAUACAUAGGGAACCUUCUUGUUGCAAGAACCAUUGUUAGUUUUCUAUAUUUCACGCUCGGUUAUUUAUUGCAAUUAAUCAGUUUUUAUAUAGUUAAUCAGUUAAUCAUGAUUUCUUUUUUUCGAGCGAUUGGAUUAUUUCUUUUUCGCAGUCUAUUUCGUAUGUAAUAAUAAUUAUAAUAAUAGCAAAGAUAGUUUUCUCGCAAUGUCAUUCUUUUCACUGUGUUUUCUACGCGAUAUGAAAAUUACACUGUGUUCAAAGCGAUAAUACCAAUCUUGUUGUGAUAGAAACGUAUUGCCAGUUGUGUCUAUUGUAUCAAGCCAUUCAUAAGAAAAUUAAUGAUAUUGUAUUUAAUAAUUAAUAUUCGAUCGAUAAGGAUAAAAUGAGAAAAAGUUAAGUUACAGUGUAGUCUUUUUUUUUU